CGUCAUUGUGCCUUCUGUCCUUGACAUAAACCUCCUCCUGAACAACGGUUCUCCUGAUGAGCGGACUAGCUGACGAACUCCUUGCUGACAUUGACGAUCUGUCAGACGGUGGUGCAGAGGAAUAUGAAGAGUCCGCUCCAGCAGCUGCGUCCUCCACGAGUAACGGCACCAACGGACUGAAAAGAAAGGCUGUCGAAGAUGCAGACAUGUCAGAGGCAGAGGAAGGCGCCGAGGGCGAAGAAACCGAAGCAGACGAAACCGGCGGAUUAGUCCUCGAAGGCGGGAUGAAGCCCGCAGACGAACUUGAUGCAGAGGAUGUACAGCGAAUGGACUUGGGAGGGAUCGAGGACGUCGACUCCGUAGCGAAGCUAGAAGGCAGUAAACGAAUGGCAGACAUAUUACAGGAAAUUGAGAAAUACCAAGCUAAUCCCAGUACACCGGAAGCGAUGUCAUUACCAGCUCAUCUGAACCCGGAAUACACUCUCAUCGUGCAAGCAAACAAUUUAUCCGUGGAUGUAGACAAUGAAAUUCUCGUGGUUCAUAAGUUUAUACGCGACCAUUAUGCAGCAAAGUUUCCAGAGUUGGAGCAGCUCGUUCCAGAGCCUGCACAGUAUGUCCGCGCGGUUCGCGUUCUCGCCAAUACAGAGGACCCCACAAAAGCUGACCUUGCAGGUGUUCUUCCGCCUGCGGUGGUCAUGAGUGUGCUCAUAACUGCAACAACAACAAGCGGUCAAACACUUACUGACGCCCAGUGGGCUGCCGUCGAGAAAGCUUGUGAUCUUGCAGACAAACUUGAGGAGGCACGUAAAAAGAUUUUCAUGUACGUCAGCUCAAGAAUGAAUGUUCUGGCACCAAAUCUUUCAGCCAUCGUUGGUACCACUACAGCUGCAAAAUUACUCGGUGUAGCAGGCGGCCUUGGUCCCCUCGCCAAAAUGCCCUCAUGUAAUGUCCAUCUGCUAGGCGCUCAGAAGAAAAUUGCUUUAGGCUUCUCUGCGUACACUCAACGGCGGCACACCGGUUUCGUCUUCCAGUCUGACUUGAUCCAGCAGACGCCAGCUGAAUACCAACUAAAGGUUCAGCGGACAGUCGGAGCAAAAUCCGUUUUGGCUGCACGCAUGGACCUCGAACGGACACGAAGAGAUGGUUCAUAUGGCGAAGAACUUCGAGAAAAAAUCGAAAAACACAUCGAUCGGCUGGCGGCGCCACCCCCUGCUAAAACCACAAAGGCGCUUCCCAUACCUAACGAUGGACCAAAGAAACGUAGAGGCGGCAAGCGGGCACGCAAGGCAAAAGAAGCGUAUGCACAGACGGAACUCCGGAAGCUGCAGAACCGAAUGGCAUUUGGUGAGGCUGAGGAUGAGGUUGGGGCAUUCGAUCAGACUAAGGGUCUGGGAAUGAUCGGUGUUGGUACGGGUAAGGUCCGGGCUGGUAUGGGAGAGGCGAAGAGUCGUGCGAAACUCUCCAAGGCGAACAAGUUACGCACUGCAACGCUUACACGUGCUGCACAGGGCGGGUCGUCAACCUCUGGAACAGCAACAUCGCUGACGGUCACACCUGUACAAGGCUUCGAACUCACAAAUCGUGCUGCUGCUGCUCAACGAGUGAAGGAAGCAAAUGAACGCUGGUUUGCAUCUGGAAAUUUCUCAUUUGUGGGACAGAAAGGCACCAGCAGCAGGGUAUAAGGCAGGGCAUUCAUCUCAUUAACUAUCUUACGCACAUUAUGUAGCUUCAGU